GCCGCCACCGCCGCUCGCUGCGGAGCCGGGGGCAAAGGAUGGGGACGUGAGUGCGGGAGGCAGCAUCAGUGGCUCCACUUUGAGGCUUGUCAAGGCUCAGCGCACGCACACAAACACACACUCACAACCCAGAGCAAAAACAUUUGCUCUCACCUGUCUCCAAACCCAAAGCAAACCUCCCGUCCGAGCAAACUGCCAGCACUUGGAAGGAGAAGGCACCCGAGCCAGAAUCUAAUGUAAGGGGAAGAAAUUCAGUGCACACUGGCAACUUUUCUCUAAAAAGCAAGCGGCAAAAAGGAAGGAAAGGAGCAUUUUAAGAAGAGGACAACUUAAGGAAGAAGAUUUCAUUAUUUGGAUUGCACACCAAACUUUGGAAAAGUUUUUUUUUUCCUUUUAGUUACUAUUCUGUGCACUUUCUUUUAAGAACAUUGAGACAUUGUUACCUGCAUGUAAGAGCUUUUACAGAUACACAAUUUUUUUAAAGGGAAGAAAACCAAGAGGAAGAAUAGCAUGUGGACCACCUAGCCAAAGGCACCACUGAAGCAUCCCUUGCGGCAAGGGAGACCCAGACUCUGGAUGUGUAUAAUUCCGAGGGACUGCAUUUUUUUCCCACCGGGCUUAUGAGAUAGCGCAGAGGCAGGCGAGUCACCGAGAAUUACUUCUGUCUCCCCUCACCACCACCACCACCUCCUCCACGUCCUCUUCCAAGGGCUCCUGCGACUCUCCCACCUCCUCCCGGCUGGCAGGGGACAUGGGAACGCGCAGCGCCCUCGAUGCCUGAGGCCGGGCGGCCGCGGGGCUCUCUGCGGGAAGCGCUUCCCUCCCGGGGCUCGCCGUCCAUGUGCCCGCAGCCGGCGGGGCCUGGAGUCGGGAUGAAUUUCGGCGUGGUCUUCGCGUUCAUCCUCUCGCUGCCCCUGGCCCGCAUGGAGGGGGACCCCAUACCUGAAGACAUUUACGAGAUUUUGGGUGGCAGCUCAGUGCGCUCCAUCAGUGACCUCCAGCGUGCCCUGCGGAUAGACUCCGUAGAGCAGGACAGCUCGAGCCUGAACCUGAAUGCAUCUCAGCCUGAUCAAAACCCUGUGGCCCUGUCUCGAGAGCGACGAAGCCUAGAUGCUCUGGCAGCAGCAGAGACAGCAGUCCUGGCGGAGUGCAAGACACGGGAGGUGGUUUUCGAAAUCUCCCGCAACAUGGUGGACAGCACCAACGCCAACUUCGUGGUGUGGCCGCCCUGCGUGGAGGUGCAGCGCUGCUCCGGCUGCUGCAACAACCGCAACGUGCAGUGCCGCCCCACGCAGAUCCGCGUCCGGCACGUCCAGGUGAACAAGAUCGAAUUUGUCCAGAGGAAGCCAAAAUUCACAAAAGUCGUUGUGCCUUUGGAGGACCACGUGCAGUGUCGGUGUGAAGCCGUGUUCCGACCACCCCCCAGGAACAUCCGUCCCGGGCCACGUGAACAGAGACGCUUGUCCCCGGCGUUCACCACAGCCGCUGUCUCACAGAGGCGGCGAGUGCGCCGGCCGCCGGCACAGAAGAGGAAACAUAAGAAGUACAAGCAUGUCAACGAUAAGAAAGUGCUGAAAGAAAUCCUCAUAGCAUAGAAGUGCUGGCAGGGGAGACAGAGCACAAGGCAGGUUUAUUUAAUAUAUUUGCUGUAUAGCCCCCAUGGGGUCCUUGGAAUGAUAACUUUUCCUCUUUGUCCAUCUGCCUCGACGUCUGAUUCAGACGGCAAUUGGUGCUUCCCUUUCCAUCAGUGGACCUUCUCCCACCAAAGCCUCCCUUUCAUUUAUUAGCCUAAUUUUAAAGUUUAACA